GGUUGUUUCCAUUGGUUAAUACGACACUUGAUGAUGUAAUAUCAUUCUGUGUAUUAGCUUUUGGAAAUGUCUCCCGUUGAUUCCGAAAGGAUAAAUGGUUGAGAAGGCCUAAUGCCCUUUAGGAAAACAUGUAGUGGCCUUAGAGAGAUACCAACCCUAAGACAUGUUUCCCUUAGCAUCCCACCUAUGAGUGUUUGCAACAAUGACUCACUAGCUUCUCCUUUGAAAUUUGCUUGGCAUACUUAAUGAAGAAAAUUCAUGUCUUAGGAUACAAUUUCACACACCUUACCACUUGUCAGCAUAUUUAUAUUCUUGCAUCCUUUAUCACUCAUUUCCCAUCCAUGUUUAUUUCUUUUCUUGCAUUCCCAAAAAUGCAUGCUUUACGAUACAACUCCACACACAUUAUCACUUUAGAGCAUAUUCAUGUUCAUGCAUCCAUGUUUAUUUCUUUUCUUGCACUCCCAUAAUCUUGUUUGAUUCUUUGCCUUCAACAAUUGAAAUAUGGAUUCAUACAUGGUCAAGUGCGAUUCUUUGUCAGUCGAGACACCUUUUGAAAUAUUCAUCCAUGGAGAAAGUUUUGACCAAUAGAGGAUUGAAGAGAUCUCCAAUUACAAGCAUUUCUUUCCCAUCAUUCACAAUUGCCAAGUCCAAGGGGGCAAACUUUAGAAGGACAAGAACCAAGAGCAGCCUUGAGGAUUAGAAGCUCAAGCACAUCACCCUUCAUGUUGCUCCAACAAUCAAGGAAAAGAAUGGAACUUCUCAUUAGACAAUUGUACUCUGAAAGAUUUAGGAGUCAGAUUUUACUAGGGACUUGAAUGCUACCAUGUUGAUGUACUUAGUGUGAUGUAUUAGGCUUUUACUUUGUAAUGAAUGACCACCUUUGUAAUGCAUGUUGAACUGCUUGUAGACUACUUCAAGAAGAAAAAAAAAAUCAGGCAUGACAGUCUCCCUAUGUUUUCUCUCCCUUUGGAGCAAUACAUCAUCCAUCUAGAAGGCGGCCUCAACAUGCUUUUAUAAACUCACCAAGAUAUGAUGUUGAAGUGGACUUACACAUGAGACAAGUGGAUCUAGAUUCAAUAAAUGAGGGGGCAAAUCUAGGUCAUGGGGAAAUUUGAGUAUUAUUGCUCUUAAGGAUGAACCCCUAUUUGACAUGACCAUUACUUCUGCCUUGGGGGCCACUUUGGCCAAUUGGACAGUCAAGCUUUUCUUUGCUUCAUUCAUCCAUGAGUAAAAUAAGUCAGCUUUC